AUGGGUAAAGAGUGGGACAUAAUGGGAGAGGAUUUUCCGCCAUGGGAUUGUGCUUCUAGGGCAGGAGGCUAUGUCAGUGAUCGUUUUCUUUCUGGACUUCGUCCCCAGGAGUACUAUUUUCAUUGCAUGGCUGGUCGAGAAGGAUUAGUUGAUACUGCUGUCAAAACAUCUCGCAGUGGAUAUCUGCAAAGGUGCUUGAUAAAAAACCUGGAAUCUCUUAAAGUCUGUUAUGAUUAUACUGUCCGUGACGCAGAUGGUUCAAUUAUCCAAUUUUAUUAUGGAGAAGAUGGUGUUGAUGUACAUCGAACAAGUUUUCUCAAAAACUUCAAAGCACUGAAAAAUAAUGAAGAGACCAUUUGCCAAAAGUUGCGUCAUGGACAAAAGCUCAAUUCCUAUAUUGAAAAGUUGCCUGAUGGCCUGGAAGAAAAAGUGAAGGACUUCUGGGAAAAAAAAGCAAAAAAGUUAGAGAAGAAAUCAGAAAAGCAAGUGAAAAAGGAAGAGAUAUUGAAGCAACUGAAAGAGGAGGAGGUGGACUUUCUAGAAUUGGUGGGACAAAAAUACUUCUCCAGUCUGGCAGAUUCAGGAGAACCAGUUGGUGUCCUUGCUGGUCAGUCCGUAGGUGAACCUUCAACCCAAAUGACACUUAACACUUUUCAUCUUGCGGGCCGUGGAGAAAUGAAUGUCACUCUUGGAAUUCCACGUCUUCAGGAGAUUCUGAUGACUGCCUCUGAUGCUAUUAAGACUCCCAUCAUGACGUGCCCCUUCCUCGGCUGGAAAUCAAAGGAUUAUGCCCAGUCUCUUUUGGCAAAAGUGAAGAAGAUUACUGUUGCAGAUAUGAUUGAGAGUAUGGAGGUUAAUCUUUUGCCGCUAUCAAUCUACAACCAUCAAGUUUCUCAACUUUACAAGCUCACAGUGAAGCUCAAAAAGCACAAUUUUGUGUCAUCAGAAGAUUGCGAGUAUACCCUGAAAUAUGUGUUCUUAAGGGAGUUGGAGGAUGCAAUAGAAAGUCAUUUGGCCUUGCUCUCAAAAAUAAAUGGCAUACAGAACUUCAAGACAAGCUCGGAAUCAGAGGCUUCAAAUGAAACUGAAGAAAAUGCUUUUAGCGCCAGACAUGAAGAAGAGAUGCUGGAUGAUGAUGACGAAGGUGAUGACGAAAGAACUGAAGAUCUUAGUUCAGACGCGCAAAAAAGGAAACAGCAAACCACGGAUGAGAUGGAUUAUGACGAUGCUUCUGAAGAUGAAGCUAGUGAAGCUGAGACCACUGCUGAAGUUGAAAAUGAGAAAAGUGUCCAAACGCAAGAGAUUGGAAAUAGGGAUGAAGAGGAAAUUGGAGACCAUGGCAAUGAAGAGGACAUAUCAAGUACCAAAACAAGUAAGUCAAACACCAAAACAACUGUCAAACAGAAGACAAAGAAAGAAAGACGUAGCAGAAAGGAUUCAGACAGGUCUGUCUUUGUUGAGGUGGAGGGACAGCAUUUUGAGGUCCACUUUAGACUCAUCAACGAACCUCAUAUCUUGUUAGCUCAGGUUGCCCAGAGGACUGCAAAGAAAGUAUAUGUUAAGAACUCCGGUAAAAUCGACCAAUGCAGAAUGGUCAAGUAUGAAGUAACUGAAAAUACUGUGAUGUGGGAUGAAAAACAAACAAAGAAACAAAGCCAAGACACUGAUUCUGCUUAUUGGGCCCUAAAAGCAGCUGGAAUAGAUUUUGGCACCUUUUGGGAAAUGCAAGAUGACCUUGAUGUUAGUCGUAUAUACACGAAUAAUAUUCGUGCUAUGUUGAAUACCUAUGGAGUUGAAGCUGCCCGGGCAUCAAUCAUACGAGAGGUCAAGACUGUUUUCGGAAUAUAUGGAGUUGAGAUAGAUUUUCGACAUUUGAGUCUAAUAGCUGACUACAUGACCCAUACGGGUGGAUACCAGCCAAUGAGCAGACAUGGAAGCAUAUCUGAGUCUCUGUCACCGUUCCUUAAGAUGUCGUUUGAGACGGCUUCUAAAUUCAUAGUCGAAGCAGCUGCUCAUGGUUUAACUGAUUCCUUGGAGACACCAUCCUCCAGAAUUUGCUUAGGUUUACCAGUGAAGAUGGGUACUGGUUGUUUUGACAUAAUGCAGAAGUUAGAUAUUUGAUGUAUAAGCAUAUGGUGAUUAUUGUUUUCGAGUGUCCAAUAUAAUUCUUUUUUGGUGA